CAAUGCUUUCUGCAGAGGGGUGGCUAUUCUUAGGCUGUCACUUCAGCACAUCUGAGCAGGCAAGACUUCUUUUCCUCUGACUCUCCACGCUUCCUCUUAUUAUUUCAACAGAGGCUACGUAGGCUCCUGUCCCAGCCCCUUUGACGAAACAAUUUUGACUUUGGAAGAAGAAUAAACCAAACAAGAAAUCAAAUCUUCUGUAAGAAUGAGCACCUACAACAUUACUCUGAGUGGGCCAGCCCCAUGGGGCUUCCGAUUGCAAGGAGGCAAGGACUUCAACAUGCCCCUGACCAUCUCCAGGAUCACCCCAGGGAGCAAGGCACAGCAGGGCAACCUGGUCCAGGGCGACGUCAUUGUGGCCAUCGACGGGGUCAGCACCGAGGGCAUGACCCACCUAGAGGCCCAGAACAAGAUCAAGUGUGCCAGCUUCAACCUGGCCCUCACCAUGCAGAAGUCAAAGCGCCCAGCUCAUGUGCCCUCAGUCACCCCAAGUUUCGACUCUCCCAUGCAACAGAUCGCCCACCAGAAGGGUCAAGCAACCCAUAUCAAUGGAGGCCUCUCGGCCUGCAAUAUCUCCUCCAUGCCACUAGAGGCGUCUGGCGAGACAAACUACUACUCAGGGUCGCCCAUCAAGGGGCAGACGCCAAGCUCCGGUAGCAAGACGACCCAGACAAAGAAGACACCGUACAACACCCCCAUUGGGCUGUACUCGGCUGAGGCCCUGCAAGAGAUGGCCCAGCUUCAGGAGAGCUGCAGACGAAAGGGCUCUGUAGCAGGCCUCUCAGUGGGUUCGCUCCCAGUUAAGAACGCUAAGGUAGACAGUGCCUCCCCAGUGUAUCAGGCCGUGAUCAAGAAUGCAGAAAGGGACACAGAGCCGAAUGACUGGGCCCGUAGCUCCUCCCAGGUGCAGUCCAAAUCCUUCCGCCUCCUUGCCCACAUCACGGGAACGGAGUUCAUGCAAGACCCAGACUUGGAACAUCUGAGAAAAUCAAGGGAAAGGUUUGACUCAGAAUUUAAAGGCCCGCGUUUCGCCAAAUUGAAAUCUUGGCACAAUGGAUUGUCUGCUCAAAUUCUUAAUGUGCCAGAAAAAGCUCUGGUUUAAAAGAUGUGACAGACUGAAUAUAUUUGUAGCAACCAGAGAAGGGUAGAGCAAGUGAAACAGUUCGAUCAGAAGCGAGGAAAAAGCCAGGCUAAAGAUACUGAAAUGUUAUUUAAUAGAAUGAGGGUUGUUCAGUACUUGUUGAUCACAUGUUGCAAUCAUAAUUUUAACCCAAUGUCAUCCCGCCCUUAUUUUGGUUAUGUAAAUUGAAACUCAUUCUCAAAAGUAAUUGCAGCUGUUUGAGAGAGUUGUAAUGUAUUUCAACUAUAAAUGAUAACUAUUUGAGUUUGACAUUGUGAUAAGAAUGAAUAAAAAUUAUACUACUGAAUUAAA